AUGAACUCUCUUCCAGUCGAAGAUUCAAAAUGCGGAUGGCUCACUAAACUCGGUGGUAAUGCUUUACGUAAAUCAUGGAAGCGUCGCUGGUUUGUACUCAGAGACAGCCACCUGUAUUACUAUCGCAAUCAGACCGAUAAAGACCCAUCUGGCGUUAUUCCCCUCGUUUUAUACAAUACAGUCACUCACGACUCUACCGCUACAAAGAAAUCUGUCAAUUGCAUUCGCAUCGAAAAAGUAUUCCGUUCAUCAGACUCCAUCAGCUCUACUCAAAGCCAUCGUAACUACAAACCACCCCCCACGUUUCUUGCCUAUGCCGAUAGUGAAGCCGAGAUGCAAUCGUGGUUGGAAAUCUUGCAAAGACGAGUCGGAGAGAGAAAUAUAGUCGACAUCGUUUUGGAUAGACUGGAUCUACAUUCAAGCAAACAUAGAAGACAUAACAGUAUCAGCUCGUACAACGACACCGCCUCGACAUUGUCUUCACGCCCGUCCAUAGAUUCGUUAAACUUGGAAACACCAUCUCUCGGAUCUCGCGAUUCUCGCAAGAGCUCAUUUGAAUCAAUCCAUCGUGAUAUCAUGUCAUACUCUUCACGACCCGAGACUCCCAACAGCAAUUUGGCUCUUGGUAUUGGGGUACCCAUUCUUCGUAAACCGAUUUCAUAUUCUUGCUUACAAGAUAGAAGAAUCACUGGCAAAGUUAUGAACGCGGCAGCACAAUCAUCUCACGCCAGGAAUUUGUCCGUGACGGUCAAGGAGGGAAAUGUUCCUCGUACCAGUGCUCCAACGAUCAUGGUACACGAUGAUGAUGAUUCGAAAGCGGCAACACCAGUACAAAAGGCAAUUAUAGCGGAUGAAAAGUCUACGGAUACGUUGGUGCUUGAGACCGACGCGGGAUCUCCAUCUACCCCAAUGACUAGUAUUUUCCCAAGCCAUUUGGCCUAA